AUGGAUUCUUACCAUGGAGUUAUAUGGUUGCUCUUGUAUGUCGAUGACAUACUCAUAACCGGCGACAGGCCUAACACAUUGAAGAAGUUUAUUUCAGACAUCAACCAUACCUUUGCUAUGAAAGAUUUAGGAAGCAUCCAUUAUUUCCUUGGUAUACAGGUACAACAUAAUGAAACAUGCAUAUUUCUCAACCAGACAAGAUAUGCCAAGGAGAUCCUCCAACGUGCUAACAUGCUAGAUUGCAAGCCUGACAACACUCCCAUGGUAGAAUCUCUGUAUUUAUAUGCAGUCUCCAUCGCAAUUUCAUUUCCAACUGGUCAAGAAAAUCCUCAGGGGUACUCGAAUGCUGAUUGGGCAGGAUGUCCAAUCACUCGGCAUUCAACAACAGGCUAUAGCAUAUACCUCGAGCCUAAUUGCAUCUCUUCAUCUGCUAAAAAGCAGCCAACCAUCACACAAUCAAGUUCAGAGGCAGAGUACCGUGCACUAGCUGCAGCACCAGCUGAAAUGACUUGGAUCAGCUACAUACUGAGAGAUAUUGGAGUUAAUGACCUUAAAGAAGAAGCACCACGUUAUUACAUAUACCGUGGACAUGAGUGGAUCUGUUUUCCUCGAUGGAGAAGAGGUGAUUACUGCAAGUUGGAAGAGCUGCCACUGCCAGUUCUAAAAUAUUUCAACUUCCGCCCCGUUGCUCAAGGAAAGAAGAAGAAGAUGCCAUGCGUGGUUGUCAUUUGCAUUUUGUUUCUCAUUCUUCUCGGCUGCCACUGUGCAGAGGAAUCUGAUACCAUCAGGGGACUUGGAAAUGGUGGCCCCUUCAUUCUCCCACCGUCUUCCUCCCUGGAAAAGCAAGCAGAAAAGCGAGAAAAGGGGUCUCAUGCCUCCCUGCCGGCCCCUCCAUACUGCAUCUAUCCACGGUCACCGCCCGGCCAGCUGCCGCCACUCUUCAAUUACCCUGCACCACCACCACCACCUUUCUACUUCCCCCCCGUGGUCAUCCCCUCUAACCCACCACCCACCACAGUAGGGACGAGCCCACCUGAAACCAUCCCAAACCCACCAACCACUUACAUCCCAAGCCCACCUGGGACCGACCUCAACCCACCAAUCAUCAUCUGUCCACCAAACUCGCCCGUGUUCCUGCCGCCGGUCAUAUAUCCUGCACCCUCGGUCCCGCCGCCGCCGCCGCCACCUGCUGUGCUUUGGUGCGUGGCCAAGCCGGCGGUGCCGGACCCGAUCAUACAGGAGGCCGUGGACUAUGCCUGCGGAUCGGGCGCAGAUUGUGUCUCGAUCCAAGAUGGGGGCCCCUGCUUCAGCCCCAACACCUUACUGAAUCAUGCCUCCUUUGCUUUCAAUAGCUACUGGCAGAGGAGCAGGGUGGCUGGUGGAACCUGUGAUUUUGGUGGCGUUGCCAUCCUUAUCAAUGAGGAUCCAAGCUAUGAUGGCUGCAAGUUCGAGAACUAUUGAUGUAACGAUCCUCCUGAUUUCCAGUUGUGAGCAGCAGUCAACAAGCUCUAAUAGAUAAAUAGAAGGUUAUUUGCCGCCAAAAAAAUUCAAAUUCAAAGAUACCUUGAAUAUGAUAGCUUACCUAAUGGACUAGCCAGUUCAUUUGAUAUUCGUUGAUGUAAUUUUGUAAGUGGGUCUGAGAACAUUCUUUAUGAUAAGGGGUUUGAUUAUUUUUCCUAUGAGACGGAUUGGGUUGUCAAAAUAACACGACUUCAAUUUUGAUAAAUAAAUAUGAGAAUUUGUAAGGUUCU